GGGGGGCUGAGAUCUUUAUAAACAGCUAGAUGGCACAGUAAGGACCAUCAGCAGUUGGGUGACUAGAGAAGACAGACGUACAGCUCAAGAAUAUCCAGUGUACCAUGGCCUCUCUCUCUCUGUCCCUGGGACUGCUGGUGCUUUGCACCCUGGCUCUUGUACACUGUGAACUGCAUGACGGCCCUGUCAGAGUGUAUGAUAUUCGUGCCUCCAACCUGAAAGGACGCUUUUUCUCAAAACCAGACCCCUACAUCAAGGUGUGGUGUGGCUCAUCCUUUCAUGGCAAGAGCAGCAUUCUGAAGAAACAGGAAAACCCCACCUGGCCCGAACAGUUCAACUUCGCAAACAUCCUUCACAACUCUGUCCUGACACUGCAGGUGUGGGAUGAUGUCAUCGGACCAGAUCGCCACAUAGGAACCUGCAGCACCACCAUCCGCCCAGGAACACACACUGAGAUCUGCCAGCUGAAGAAAAGCACCAUCUACUACACCUACAGCUAUGGCUACAGUCACUAGAUGGAACAGUAUUAUGGUUAGAAUGUAACCUAUGACCUUUGUGACCUUGUGUCUCAUUGGUUCUCUCACUCUUUCACUCGUGUAUUCACUUCCUCAUAGCAUCAAUUAAAACAAUGUGCUUUACGGCAAGAUGGUCUCAGACUGGCUUCAUCAUGUUUCUGAAUUGUGUUAGGAUUUCUCAGAAGAGGUCUUAG